AUGUCCCUCCCCCGGCGGAUCCCACCGUCACCCGAACCCACAUCCAUCAAAGAGGCUCUCGACAGAUACCUUGCCCUCAAAGAAGAAUACACUCAGAUCCGGAACAUAUGGGUCUCCAUCAACGACGCUCAUCGCCGUCUCUAUGAGGAGUACCAGCUACUCCUCACUUCCAACCCAGGCCUCGAUGUCGCGGAUGAUCCACUGGUCGAUGAGUUCUUUCCCGAGCACAUGUCAGAGUCCGAGUUCCUGCAGGGGAAAUUGGUUAAUAAGCUUAUUGCUUCUUCUGAGCGGGUGAACAGGGCGAACGGCAGGUGUUCGACGGUCCAUGCGCGGCUUGUGGCGGCGAGGAAGGCAUGGGUCCGGUUGGGGGGUACGUUGAGUAAGGAGGAUGCCAGGGAGGUUGCGUUGGAGAAUGCGUGGCUGUGGGUAGAGAGGCCGUAA